GGAUUAAAAAUCUACGCCCGAACACCAGAUAACCUAACCAAGUAGAAUUUGUUAUCGGGUUCUUCAAAUUUCCGGGAAAAUGGCGAUCUCAGUUUCGGCAUCAGCAACUGUUCCUUCGCUUAAUCGACGAAGCUCAACUGGGUUACCCCCUUAUUAUUGUUCUUCCAACUUAUCUUUCUCGUCUUCUCUUCAACUUCAACCCAUUCGAUUCGUUAAUAGACCAGUUUCCUCUCGCUAUCGUUCUUUUCAAGUUGAAGCAAAGAAGCAAACAUUUAAAUCAUUGGAUGAUUUGUUGGCGAAUUCCGACAAGCCUGUGUUGGUUGACUUCUAUGCGACCUGGUGUGGACCUUGUCAAUUCAUGGUUCCAGUCCUCGAUGAAGUGAGUGCUACUCUGAAAGAUAAGAUUCAGGUUGUGAAAAUCGACACCGAGAAGUACCCCAGCAUUGCUGAUAAAUAUAAAAUACAAGGAUUGCCCACUUUCAUCAUAUUUAAAGAUGGGAAGCCCUUUGAUCGUUUUGAGGGUGCCUUGGGUGCUGAUCAGCUCAUUCAACGCAUUGAAACUUCGUUAAGUGUCAAGCAAUAGCCCCGGUGAGCCUCAGAUAUCUUACCGAAAGAGAAUUGUUCCCCUUCACUUGGGUUAGAAUACUGGAUUGGAGUAUUGAAACUGGUGAUGAACUCACAUUGUAAUCCAUAUACCUUACUCGUCUUUUUUUAUGUAGAUGAUUUUUUUAUAUGCCA